AUGGAUGAAUCACGAGAAGAAUGGCUUUCUGAUUUGGAAAUGGAUGACUGCAAUUUAAUCGGUGACAUGAACUCUCUUGUGGAAGUUUUCGAGGGAGAGAAUUCAGUGCAGCAAGAACUAUGGUGGAAAGGACACUACUCUGAUGCAAAUCUCAUUAAAGAAAGCACCACCCUUAGAAGCGACAUCCUCAAAUCUUUAAUGCCUAACCCUCUUGCUUUUGAGGAUUACACUGCAGUGCCACAUAUUCCCAAGAAAACAUGCCAAUAUCAUGGUGAAUAUUCAAAGGAGACCCUUGAAGAACCAGAAAAUAAUAGAAAAUCUAAGAGGGGUAGAAGCUCUUCUAUUGUACAAGAUCACAUCACAACUGAGAGAAAGAGAAGAGAGAAUAUUACCAGAAUGUUCAUAGCACUUUCAGCCAUUAUUCCAGGGUUGAAAAAGAUGGACAGGGUUUCUAUCCUUAAAUAUGCUUUCGACUAUGUGAAAUAUCUCCAGAAGCGUGUAAAGGAUUUAGAGGAACAAAACAAAAAGAGAAAGAUAGAAUCUGCGGUAUGCUUCAAAAUGAACAAGUCCAAUGUUAGUACUGUUGCUGACGACUUUUCAUGCAAACCUGAUGGCUUAGAUACUCCUAUCAAAAUAUGUUGUCCUAAAGUUGAAGCAAGAGUCUUAGCAAAAGUUGUACUCAUCAGAGUUAUGUGUGAAAAACAAAAGAACAUUGUUCCUAAACUACUGGCCAAGCUUGAAGCUCUUAAUCUCUCCAUUGUUUGUAUCAAUGUUUUGCCGUUUGGGAAUUCCAUGCUAAACAUUACCAGCAUUGCUCAGAUGGGUCACGGUCAAUUCAGCAUGAGAAUGGACGUCUUAAUGAAAGUUUUGACUGAGGAUUUGUUUGAGUGUUGUAACAUGCAACAAUAA